AUGAGUACAAUCGAUACACCGCCCAAGGACUAUCCAUCCGAAAUCACGGGCUAUGCCGAGCCAUGGAUCGCCAGUCCCGGCGACGACGUCGCAAUCAAGGUAUCCUGCACGGAGCCAGAAUACUCGUACCGCACCGUGCGGGUAAUCCAGGGCGUUCAGGAAGAGCAUUCCCCCGUCAAGCAACUCGAGGAAAUCUCCCAGAUCCCCACCGGCGUGGCGCCAGGACGGUUCCAACUUGCCCGGUCGGGUUCCUAUGCGAUUGUGAAACGGCUGAGUCUGCCGUCUUCUCUGGAUGGGGUGGAGGUCUCCCUGUAUUUCCAAGCCUGGCUGCCACAGGCGGGCCACUCGCAAGCCAUCAUUUCGAACCUGAACGCCGAGACAAAGACCGGACUGGCCGUGUUGAUCAACGAGAGUGGCCUUGUUGAAGCAUGGAUCGGGACUGGGAGCGGAGUGGACACGGUCCAGACGGGAUUCAGCCCGGCACGACGACGGUGGAUCAAGUUGCAGGUCGUGCUCAAGGGCGCCGAAUGCUCAAUCACUCUCCAACCCGUGGUGUAUAUCGUGGAGAAGGCGCCGGCAGCGUCGUCGGUGCAAACCACGUUGGCGACUCCCGCCGUCUUCGUCGCCACCGCAUCGACGCCGUUUUCCGGCGAUCUCUUGCUCGCGGCGACCUACGCGGACAGCCCGACCGCCGCGUUUCCCCGGGCGACGCAUUUCUUCAACGGACGCAUUGACAGCCCGACAAUUUCUGUGCUCAAAGGAGCUGCCAAGAUAGUCGUCGCCAAAUACGACUUCUCGCGCAACAUCUCCGAGGACAGCAUUCUCGAUGUCUCGGGCAACAACUUCCACGGUGUCUUGGUCAAUGCGCCCACAAGGGCCGUCACGGGCCACGACUGGAACGGGGGCGAGUCGGACUGGACCAAGGCGAAAUACGGCUACGGCGCGAUCCAUUUCCACGAAGACGACCUCGACGACGCGCAGUGGGAGACGGACUUCACCAUCAAGAUCCCGCAGGACGCGAGGUCCGGCAUCUACUCUGUGGAAGUCAAGUCCACCAACGGCAAGACAUCGGACAUGAUCACCUUUAUUGUUCGGACUCCAAUGCCGCAAACGCCAGCAACGGUGACAGGUGCGAAGGUGGCACUGGUGCUCUCGACGUUCACGUACCUGGCGUACGCCAACGAGCAGAUUUCAGACCCGAACCGCUCGAGCUCGAUCGACGCCGGGCCGGGCUUCGACCACUCGUCCAUCAAACGCACCGAAGACUUCAACCGUCUGACGCGCCGCCGCGACGUGGGCCUGUCCAACUACGACGUGCACAACGACGACUCGGGCACCGUCUUCUCGUCCGCAAAACGGCCCAUCCUGAACCUGCGGCCGGGAUAUGUCAUGUGGGCGUUUGAACGGCCCCGCGAGCUCAGCGCCGACUCCAUGAUGAUUGGGUUCCUGGAGCGGCACAAGAUUCCCUAUGAUAUCGUGACGGACCACGACCUGCACUUCCACGGGGCUGCGGCGUUGGCGCCCUACAACACCGUCAUCACGGGCUCGCACCCGGAAUACCCGACGGUGGAAUCCUACAACGCGUACGAGAACUUUGCCCGCCAGGGCGGCAACAUCAUGUACCUCGGCGGCAACGGCUUCUACUGGGUCUCGGCCCUGGACACGGCUCGGCCGUGGCGUCUCGAAGUCCGCCGCGGCGACCAAGGUGUCCGCACAUACACCCUCCCCGGGCCGGAGAGGAUCAUGAGCCUGAACGGGACCCAGGGAGGGCUGUGGAAAAGUCGAGGCCGGUCCUCGCACGGCCUCUUUGGGAUAUCUUUCUGCGCCGAAGGCGUCGGUCCGGGAGUGCCCUUCAAACGCACCGAGAAGAGCCUCGCGCCCGAGUUCGCAUGGAUGUUCAAGGACAUGUCGCCCGAGGAGCUGCUCAUCGGCGAGCACGGCCUCGGCGGCGGCGCCAGCGGCGACGAGAUCGACUCGUUCGAUAUCAAAUGCGGCAGUCCCACCAACGGCGUCGUCAUCGCCACCAGCACGGGCCACCCGGAUGCGUUUGGCAUCGUGCCGGAAAUCACAAUGUUCCCCAUCACCAAGACGCUGGGGACCCAGACGGACGAGAUCCGCUCGGACAUUGUCUACUACGAGACGGACGCGGGGGGAGCCGUGUUUUCUGUAGGCAGCAUCAAUUGGUAUUGCUCGCUGGGCUGGGAUGAUUAUAAUAACAACGUGGCCAAGUUGACCGAGAAUGUCAUUAGAGAGUUCUUGGCCAGGGCAGAGAACAAGAACCAGCAGGAGGAGGCUAGGAAGGAAAGCGUGGUCGUCAGCUCGUGA